UCGGCUGGCUGUGGGGUCUGUGCCGGGGGUUGACCAGCCUCUCUCCCUCAUCUGUCAGCCUGCUGCUUGGCGCCUCCCUCUCCUCUAUAAAUGAAGGGAUUCUAUUCAUUACUUUCACACUGAUCCUGCUCCUGUACGACGGACGUGGACGGAACACGGGAUGUGUUGACUCAAAUCGACUCGAUCGUACUCUCUCGUUUAUUUCCGGCGUUCAUCGGACCCGCUCCUCUUGAGUAAAUUGAUCGUGUUGGUGGCUUGAUCGAAGAUGAAAGCUGUUAGUCAGGACUCGUGCAGCGGCAGCCCGCUCUCCCUGCACUGUGUGUCCAAGCAGAGCGUCAACAUCGCCCGGUGCAGGACGGAGGACGAGGACCACUUCUGCCUGCAGUACGACAUGAACGACUGCUACAGCCGACUCAAGCGCCUGGUUCCCACCAUUCCGCAGGAUAAGAAAGUCAGCAAAGUGGAGAUCCUCCAGCACGUCAUCGACUACAUCCUGGACCUGCAGCUGGCCCUGGAGACGCACCCUUCUUUCCAGAAGCAGCCGCCACAGAGGACCUACGCUCCCGCUUCGGCUCCCAGCAGGACACCGCUGACAGUGCUCAACAUCGACCACCAGAGGCCAGCAAUUGUCAAGAAGCCAGAGGAUUCAAUUUUGUGCCGCUGAACACUUCAAAGGUGUGCAGGCUGCACAGAGCCGCUCCAAAGCCAGCAAAAGCUUCGCCAGGGAAUCACACCCAACUGGAGGCACAAUCACGAGGGGAUUUCAAAAGCAUUGGGAGGAAUUAAACCCAAAUAAAAUGUACAUCAACGUUGGUUCCAAAGAACGAGGGAUCACUCUUCACCUCCCUGGUUUUUUGUUCAUUUACUUUCUCGAUGAAAAAAUGCUUCGUGUGAAGUUCUUUUACCUAACUUAAACUCGUGACGGGGACUCCAGUUUAAAGCUUUACUAAACUGCGAAAAUCAUUGUACAUGUUUGGUACAUCUAUUGUUUCAAAUAGAUGAUUUGUGUGGGACAGGGAAUGGCCCCUGGAAUCUUUAAGUGUUGGAUAUUGUAAAGAAGAACAAUUCUGAUUGGAGACCAUUAAGAUUGUACAUAUCUAGAGAAAAAGAAUGUUCUAUGAAAGUUUGUGAAAGCAAAAACGUAUAUGCUUCUAAUAGACUAUUGUAAUAAUAAGAUAUUUUUAUUAAAAAUCUCUUUGUUGUUCUGUAAAUAUUGUGUUUACACUUUGAAGUCUUUAGUGAAUGAAUGUGAUCAGCCCGUUAAAUGUCCUCACACCUUCCUAUCUUUCUUUUCGGGAACUGUUGAAACUAUGUAGCAUGCAUGUCACACUGCGGAGAAUCUGAAUGUGCACUGAAGCGGCCUCGGGUGUAGAUACACGCUGGACACUUUGCUUUGCCCUGCACAGCUUUCUCUGCUGGUUUUGAACUUGUUAGCGAUGACAUCACUUCUGCUCUUUGAUAUUUCUUUGAAAGGCCGACGUUGACUCUUCUUUCAUUGCACUCUGGUCAAACAAUAACAGAGAGAGUUACAGCACUACUUCUGGCUGUGUUUACACUGUAAUACCCAAAAAAGGCUACUGAACAACGUCUCCUGUAGAUGAUUCACGCCGCGAAAUAUCUUAAAUAAAUGUGAACAUUAUCCGAGCCUGUGUGGACAACAAACCAACCAUGGUGUGCAUUUAGUGUUGCAUCGGUUUAAAGGGGGGAAAAAAAAAUCAAUGCCUUUAUUUUUCGUGAAAAUGAACACCGACUUUACCUCACCACCCUCCUGCCAGUGUGAGAGGGCACUUGUACUUGACUGUCAGCUGCACUGUUGGACUCAGCCUUCGCUGGCUUGUGAGGAGUUGUCAAAACAAUUAAAGUUUCCAGGAAAUCAGAACUUCUUGUCUCCUGUUUUUGCUCGGCUGAUGAGCUCAAAUGAGCAAAGGUGAAUGCACUUAUUUGUACACCAUUAAAAAUAUCUAGUGGUACUAUUACUCUAGGUGGUUUCUAACAUGACAAAAUCCUCCACCACAAAUUUGUCAUUACAUCUUUCUGUUCCUGUGGAAUUUUUAUUUUGGGCACAUUUAUUCCAUCAUUUCCUUUCUUUUAGAGAUAAAUUCAUGUGCAGUAUAUAUUACACUCUACUAAACUUGCUGGCUAUAUCAAUAAAAUCUUCAAUUUCAAAUGGAUCAUUGAACAUGAGUGAACAACAAAAUUAUGUUACACAU